AGUUACCUUGAGUAUAAAACAUUUGAUAAUUUGUACGUUGCUAAUUAAAUGUUGGUGACUUAAUUUUGUUUUUUGUAAUAUGUAAUGCAUAAGGCCCUCCUAUCGGCCGUAGACCACUCAUAACCUUUUAUCCGGCCCUGACCGCGCCACCCCUCAACUGUAUUUUAUUAAAGUUUACUUUAUUACAGUACAGUUGUUUUUGUUAUGAUGGGCUUUUACUCUUGUGCAGGGGUUCUCGUCAUUAACAGACUUUGAUGACAGUGCAGCAUAAUGAGUGGGUGGAGUGGUGGCGCAGUACUUGCUGCGGCUCUGGAAAACAGGAAAUGCCGAGUGAUAUCUGAAACGGUGAUGGGUCUGCAUGAGGCCGCACUGACCAGCAAUGGUGAAGUACCACCGUGUGGUCAUAUAACCUCCGCAGCCGACAUUGCGUGAGGAGGCAUCCAUUAGUAAUAGGAUUAGUGAUACCUUUAUAUCUGGAUGAGAGUUCAUUGGGACAAAGAAUCGUUGAAGCCAGACUUACAUUGCCCUGUUAUUGCUGCCAGUAUUUGUAAUUGCAUGUUGACUACACAGGAACGUUGAGUAACAACAUUUUAAUGGAGCCAGAGAAACGUGAAUAACGUUGGUAGAUUACAUGACUAAGCUUGUGUGUAUUUUUAUGAAUUGCCAUAGGAAGAGACCAUAUUCAUUUGGAAAGUCCGCAGGAAGCUUUUUGACAUCACCAUCUUUUACCGAAUGGCUUCUAGAAGGUGGCAUUUCAGAACUACGACAUCAUGGAAAGCCCCAUCCGUACGUGGCGGGGGUCCUACUACCUGAUAUCCAACAAGCGUUGGGUGCCCGGACGCUUCUGCCUCCUGCCCGGGCGCCUAUGCUUUUACGCGAACAAGGACAGCACGACGUUGUUCUCCACGCGCCUCGCCGAUUUGUGCGAGAUAAAGAAGACGACUGUAAGCCUGGUGUAUAGUGCCCUGGCCUUGACACACGUGGGUGGCGUUGCCUGCCACUGGCUGUCGGGUCUGGAGCCAAACAGAGAUGCCGUCUUCAACGUGCUCGAGCAUUUCUGGAGGGAGGAGCUUCUCGGGGGUGGUUCCCAGGCCUCUGCUUCCUCCACAGCGCUGGGACAGCACCUGGUGGCCACGGCCACGGGCUCACAGCGCCGGCUGGAAGAAGCGGCGCAAGCUUUGCACCACCAAGGGCAGCAGCUGGACGGGAUCGGGCAGAACCUGCAGAAGAUGAACGCUGAUCUCUGCAUCGCUGAUCGGCUUCUAACGCAGCUGGAGGGGCCCUCAUUUUUCAGCCGUUGGACUAAAACUUCGGAGGAUGGCAGCGAGCGGAGGCAUGUCCAGAAAGAAGCAUCGGCUGGCCCGGGAGGAGGCCACCAGGAUGCAGCCACAGGGCUCAUAGUGCGUGUGCCUGUGAUGUAUUCGCGAGGCCGAGGUACGGAGUUCCAUCAUGGUCACCUGGCCGUGCUUUGCUCGGCACUGGAGGUCCAGGACGCGGCCGGAAGGCAGGUGCACAUGUACCGGCGAAGUGACGUGGACGAGAUCGAGGCACUCAGCCCUUACGAAGUCAUUGUCAAACAGCGGUUUAUUGGGCAGCCUGAUGUUGUUUUCCUACUGCUCUCUGCCAAGAUAACCAAUACCAUCCCUGUGCUGGAGCAGCAGUACCGGGAAAAAUUCUCUGCAUAUCCCACUUAUCCCUGGGGUCCGGCACCUACUAUCAAGAGGAAAACAUCUGGACACAAGUUAAUUCAAACAGCUGGCAGGUGGCUGGGUGGCCUCAUGGGUGGUGAUGAUGAAGCCUCAGAAGCUGAAGGAAAAGUUCAGGUGCAGAAAGGGCAGACAGUGAGUGAUGCGGAAUCAGCCCAGCUGAAUCAGGUGCUGACAGGCAUCAAGGUACUGGCACUUGAGUCGGGCGCGGAGGUGGAGCGACAGAAUGAACUUCUGGAGGACACGAGCUCGCUGGUGGACCGCACCACCUCGCGCAUCAAUGCAGCGGAUCGCCGAAUCAAGAAGCUACUGUGAAAGGAUGCGCCACAUGGCCCAUCUCUUGAUUUAAUCAUCGGCAUCAUUUAAAUAUUUCACGUGCUUUGUUGCGCCAGUAAAAAUUCUCCAUACUUGCGGAAAAUCCUGUGCUUUUGAAUGACGUCCUUUUUUAACAGAUGCCGUCUCACCAUUUUUUGGUACUGUGUAGAAUUACUGAACGGUUUUGGGAUUGGUAUUUAACUUUUGCACUUUGAAAAGUAUUAUUCACUUUAAUUCAGGAGACUUGAAGUUAUCAGGUAGCGUAGUUCAAUGGGGGUUUGUUUGUGUCUCCCCUAACGUAACCACAUAUAUGGUCGUUGUGUGGCCUGGUAAUGUGUGUGGCUUCUUUCAAACCCACUUAAAUUGAUGAUGCUAUGAUAGCACUAUAGGGCUAAUAUUCAUUGAGUGAUAAAACUGCCAAAAUACAUAACCUUGGUGCUUUUCCAAUAUCGCUGGAUUUAUUCUCGAACACACCAGUUGGCUGAAGUAGUAACUAAUUAGCGUUUUGUUUACAUGACAAAUCCCUUACUAAUUGGCUGUGUCAGGUGGUGGAGGGUUACGACACAUUCAUACUUACGCGAUCUAACAACAACCUUCAUUGUGAAUUGCUGUUUAUGUGACCAUGGGCACAUGAAGCAAAACAACGAAAAUGACUUCAGCAACAAGUGAAUCAGGCCUAUAAUGUAUUAUCGUCAAUAUUUUUUUUUUACCGUCAAAAGUUAACAGGAGUAUUGAUGCAUCAAUUUUGAAGAUCGCUAUAUUAAUCGAAUCGUGCAUAUACGUGUUUUUGUAUGACUAUAUGGGUUAAUGUGACCCCUCCAACCAUCACCUUCUGAAACAUUCACCACAUUGUUAACAUUUAUUUUUUGAGGUAGUGAAGUGGCUCAGGUUGGCCCUGCUGAGUUUCUGGGUUUGAAUCUGGGCAGCCAGUCAUAGGUUGAUGGUCUCAGUCUGGCUAUUUAAUAACUGCACUAAUAAAACACAUUUUCAUUGGUUUUGCCUUUCAUUUGGGCUAACAUCUAGUCCUGAAAAUGAAAUAAUAUCAGCUCUAAUCUCAUGCAAUGAUUACACUAUGUAACACAAUUUUUGUUCCUGGGUCGUAAGUGUUAUUUCGUAAUUGAUUUUGCCUAAAAAGUAGAGAAAAUGGCUAUUAUUCUCAACAAACUUUGCUUUUGUGAUCAGGACAGUCAUACUUUGAAAUUGACUUAUUAUCAAUGAGAAAACGGGCGAAUUUGUGUCUUUUCGUUCACAUAAAGUCAGAAAAAACAACAUGAAUCAAAAUUAACAUGUAAUUAUACUAAAGUAAUACAAAAAUGACGACAAAAGAUUUAGAAGUGACUAGUUAUUCGAGAUUGUUCCUCCCCACAGAGAACUCGGUCCGCUGUGGCCAGUCUCGCCUGUGGUAGUGCGCCUUGGUGUCUACAUCUUUUGUAGUAAAAUUUGUAUUACUUUAGUAUAAAUAAAUGUUAAUUUUUAAUCAUGUUGGUUUUUUUCUGAAUUAAUGUGAGCGAAAAGACAAAUUCGCCCGUUUUCUCAUUGAAAACAGGUACAUUUCAAAAUAUCAUUGUCCUGGUCACAAAAGCAAAGUUUGUGGGGAAUAAUAGCCAUUUUCUGUACUUUUGAGGCAUGAGCAAUUAGGAAAUAACACUACCCAGGAACAACAACAAAUGGUGACACUUAAUUUCGCUCAAGCAGGGCAGGUGGGGAAGUGUUGCCCUCUAGUGAAGCUACGGGGUAACUUAAGAGAUUUCAAGAGCAGGUCACAGUGAUUCGUUUUUACAUGUUCAUUAAAAUCUCCUGCAAUGGUUUGAAUGGUUCUCCAUCGCAUGACAUGAUGCCUAUAGUUCAAUGGGGAUACAAUUGAGCCAACAAAUGUGUAUUUCAAAACCUGAAAAUAAGUGCAAACACAAUAUUGGACAUAUUGGCUUUUAGAUAACAUCAAAAACGUCAUAACCUUGAAAUGUUACAAAAUCUAACCGCCGCUUGCCGGGAUACGAACUGCAAGGUCCUUGUGCCACGCAAAUUGAGUCUCCGUGUGUCCCGUGACUCCUCCACACCGAAGCACAACGAGGGGGCGCUAGAGGUUAAGCAAACGGGGCCCUCGGUAUCGUCGUGCAUGCCAUAGUCGUGAACUGAACGUGUUCAGUACCAGUAUUCAUUUACUGUAUAAGCAAACAAGUCUUGUAACCAUGUUAGAGCAUGUCAUUGGUCGACAAUACUAUGUAAAAAAUGGAACGUGUAUUCAUGCGUAUGUAAAUGACAUCUGUUUUAUAUCCUGAACUUAAAAAUCCCUGUCCAUAUAUGUAUUGAUAAAGAGGUGUAAUUAUUUAAACUGACGGUGCAAUGUGACAUGCGUUUGUAUUUUAAAUACAGGUUCAGCAUUGAUGCAAACUAUCUUUUGGAAUGAAAACCUUCAAUUUGCUGCAAAAAUGGAGUUAACUAAUCUUGAAUUUGUAAGAAGUUGCGGUAAUUAUAAAUGUCAUGGGUGACAGGUAAGGCACUGCCCAUGAUGAUCGGUAAAAAAAAAAUGGUGCAGUGGAAAUACAAAAGAAAUACCAUUUUAUUUAAUACACUGUUGUUUGUAAUGCCUCGUCAUUUAUAUUAUGUAUUCCAUUUGCAAGUGUUUUAUUUCCAAAUAAAUUUUACAUAUUGUGUGAUAGUUUGGAUUUUGUUAUCACUAAAGCUAGCUGUGUUGACCUGUGGCAUCCAGAAUGAGUUCAUGUUCCAGCAUGGGGUUAACUUAAUAGACGAUUCCAUUAUCAU